GAUGGCUUUUAUAAUUGCUUAUAUGAAUCGCUCAUCUAAAGGUGGCAAUUUAUAUAGGAUGGCUUUUAUAAUUGCUUAUAUGAAUCGCUCAUCUAAAGGUGGCAAUUUAUAUAGGAUGACUUUUAUAAUUGCUUAUAUGAAUCGCUCAUCUAAAGGUAGCAAUUUAUGUAGGAUGGCUUUUAUAAUUGCUUAUAUGAAUCAUUCAUCUAAAGGUGGCAGUUUAUAUAGGAUGGCUUUUAUAAUUGCUUAUAUGAAUCGCUUAUCUUUGGGCAAUUUAUAUAGGGUGGCUUUUAUAAUUGCUUAUAUGAAUCGCUCAUCUAAAGCACUUCUAUUUGAAAACGACCUUACAGGAAAUGUGGUAGAGUCAGAGUUAAGUGAAGAGCAAAUUAUCUCAGCACAUGAAGUGCAAAAUUCAACAUUAGAUAAGGCGAUGUCCCUCUCAAGCUCAGAAGCGGCUAACAGUAAUGAAAAUCCCGAAAAAAGAGCCAAAGUUUCAGGUGGAAUUGAAGACGGUAAUGCACUAGCUUGCCGUCGAAAACAAUGGAUAGAUAAAAUUAAACUGAUGAUUAUGAUGAGGGACGAAAUAAACCAAUUGAUUAAAGAAUACAGAAAUGCAGAUGAUCGUGACCUCAUAAAAUUGGCGUAUACGGAGUCCAAGUGA